AUGAUUAAAGUUCUCUUUUGGAAUUCUAGAGGUGCAGGAAGUGAGAAAUUUAGAUCUGACAUUGCAGAUCUUGUUAAAUUACACUCAAUUGAUAUUUUGGCUGUUUGUGAACCCCGUGUCCAAUUUUCUAAAGCCAAAGAUUCUCUCUUAUCUCUUGGAUUCACUGAUUAUAUCAUUGUUGAAGCCAAUGGAUUUUCUGGUGGUAUUUGGCUCUUUUGGAAAUCUAAUCUCUUGAAGGUCCAUUUUGUGGAUAAAAAUUGUCAAUCAAUAACAGUUAGAGUGACUCUCCCUGGGGGUAUCACUUGGAUGCUUACUGUGCUUUAUGCUAGUCCUACUAACUCUGUUAGAAGCAGCCUAUGGAAUUAUUUUGAUCACCUGGUUUCAACACAUCAGUUGCCUUGGAUUUUUAUUGGUGAUUAUAAUGAGCUUUAUUCCUCUGCUGACAAAAACUUUGGCUCUACCCGUGGAAGAAUUAGAGGGCUUAAGCAAUGGGUUGAUCAUAAUGCUUUAAUUGAUAUGGGAUUUAUUGGGUCCAAAUUUACUUGGUCUAAUAACAGAAUUAAAGAAAGACUUGACAGAGCUUUUUGCACCUGUGAUUGGAGAUCUUACUUUCCUGAAGCUUUUAUUAGACAUUUGGCUAAAAUGAAAUCUGAUCAUUGUCCUAUUCUUUUACAGCUUCAUUCUAAUAAUUCUGUGAAUAGAGCUGCUAUCCCCUUCAGAUUUCAGGCUAUGUGGAUGACACAUAAUGAUUUUGCCCCUUAUGUUGAUAAUACCUGGAAAAACUCCCAUGGUUCUUUUGUUGAAAAAACUCAAGCACUAUCACAUGCUCUCCUGGACUGGAAUCACAAUACUUUUGGCAAUGUCUUCAAAAAAAGAGACAAUUGCUUGCCCGCAUUGGUGGAAUCCAGAAAGCUACUGACAGGACUCAAAGCUCCUGGCUUUGAUGGUUUUCCUGCUGCUUUCUACCAAACUUUCUGGAAUCUUUAUGCUGCAGAAGUCUUUUCAAUUGUGCGGAACGCCUUUAAUGCUGGUGAAGUCCCUUGUGGUCUGAACCACACAAUUAUCUGUUUAGUUCCUAAAGUGAGUGGACCCCAAAGUAUGAUGCAAUUCAGACCUAUCAGCUUGUGCAACACUGUUUACAAGGUAGUCUCGAAAAUCAUUGUGGCAAGAAUUCGACCCUACAUGCAAAAGCUAGUCAGCCCCAAUCAGGUCAGCUAUGUCCCUGGUAGGCAGAUUUCUGAUAAUAUAAUGAUUGCUCAGGAAGUUCUUUUUAAAUUCAAAAAAUCUGCUGGCAAGAAAGGUUUUUUUGCUUGGAAAGUAGAUUUAUCUAAAGCAUAUGACCGUCUCAACUGGCAGUUCAUUGAGUCUGUUUUAUAUGAAUCCCUUCUUCCUCAGUCACUCGUGAAGCUUAUUAUGAGUUGUAUUACCUCUACAAGCUUCCAGAUUUGUCUUAAUGGUGAACUUACUCAAUCUUUUAACGCUCAACAAGGAAUAAGACAAGGUGAUCCCCUCUCACCCUAUAUCUUUGUUCUUUGCAUGGAGAAAUUGUCCCAUUUAAUUCAAUCUACUGUUGAUAUUGGUGCUUGGAAAGCGGUAAGAGCGUCUCAAUCAGGUCCCAAAAUAUCUCAUCUCUUCUUUGCUGAUGAUCUUAUGUUAUUCUCUGAAGCAACCUCUGAUCAAGCCUGUAUUAUUAAGCAAUGUCUUGAUACUUUUUGCUCUCUCUCUGGACAAGCUGUCAGUUAUGAGAAGUCUCUCAUUUUCUGCUCUCCUAACACUAGCAAUGAGAUUGCCGCUGAUAUCAGCUCCACUUGUGGCUCCCCUCUUACCACCGAUCUGGGAAAAUACUUGGGUAUGCCUCUAAUUCACUCUCGUAUUACAAAGUCUACUUAUGCUAGCAUCUUAGAUAAAGUUCAGAAUCGUUUGGCUGGUUGGAAAUGCAAAGUAUUAAGUCUAGCUGGCAGAUUGACUUUAAUUCAUUCAGUUACUGCUACUAUUCCUAAUUAUGCUAUGCAGACUACUAGAUUGCCCAUGUAUAUUUGUGAUGAUUUGGACAAAAUUAAUAGGAAUUUCUUAUGGGGAGAUACUGAAAAUAAAAAAAAAAUUCAUUUGGUGAACUGGGAUACAGUUUGCUUGCCCAAGAACCUUGGUGGUUUAGGAAUAAAAAAAUCUUCUGACAUGAAUCAAUCUAUGCUUGCUAAGACUGGGUGGAGGUUAUUUCAAAAUGACUCUGGCUUGUGGGCUUCAAUUUAUAGAGAAAAGUAUUUGAAACGUGGCUGGUUGUUCGACCAAAACUACCAGCAAACUAAAGACUGCUCUAGUACUUGGAGAAGUGUUCUUAAUGGUGUCAAUCUCUUGAAAAAAGGUCUUAUAUGGAGGGUUGGUGAUGGUAGGAAAAUCAAGUUUUGGACUGAUGUGUGGUUCCCUCCUACUGCACUUAUCAAUUAUGCUCUGCCUGAUUCUAUUAUUAAUAUUGAGGAUACUGUCUGUAGCUUUUGGAAUGAUAAUGGUUGGGACUUGAAUUUACUUUCUGAUUGUAUUCCUACUGGUAUUACUGAUCAAAUUCUGCGAAUCCCUCCUGGUUUUGAUGGUUGUGGAGAUGAUACUCAAAUCUGGGGAGGCACUUCCAAUGGUUCUUUUUCUGUCAAGUCAGCUUACAAUAUCUUCUUUGAGGAUUAUGAGCAAAUGCACUCUCCUUGGAAAUUUAUUUGGAAAAUGCAAGUUCCCCCAAAGCUCAAGACUUUCCUGUGGGUUCUCUGUCAUGGUAAACUUCUCACCAAUGCUCACAGAGUCAAAAGGAAUCUCACUGAUGAUGAUACUUGCCCUAUAUGCCGCUGCAAUAGUGAAUCCCUCUCUCAUCUUUUCAAAGAUUGUCCUGCUGCUCUUAAUGUGUGGAAUUCCUUCACCUUACCUCAACCUGUUAAAUUUACUUUCUCCAUGAGUUGGGAAGGUUGGUUACAAGCUAAUCUCUUCUGCAAAGCCAAAUGCAAUGCUGGAAAUCCUUGGUGUUCUACUUUUGCUUUCAUAUGUUGGUUCAUCUGGAAAUGGAGAAACAAGCAUAUUUUUGAAGCUCAUUUUCAAAUUCCAAAUCAUCCAGGUAUGGUCAUUAAUGCUGCUAUCUUUGAAUGGAGCAAUGCUCAGCUGAAAUCUGAUUUAAACAAAACUUAUUGUCUUAACCUUCUGAAUUGGAUGAAACCUCCUCAUGGAUACCAUAAGCUCAACAUUGAUGGUAGUAGAAAUGGACAUUUUGGAAAAAUUGGUGCUGGAGGGGUUAUCAGAUGUUCUAAUGGUUUAUGGAUCAAGGGUUUUCAGAUAAACUUAGGCAUUGGUGAAGUUUUAGAUGCUGAAUCUUGGGGUCUGUUUUAUGGUCUUCAACAAGCUCUUAAAUGUCAUAUCACUCAUAUUGAAGUAGAAACGGAUUCUGCAAUUUUAGCGAAAUUGAUCUCUCAAUCUGAUGUUGCUCUUCAUCCCAUGGGCUCUCUUAUCCGUUGCUGCAAAAAUUUGAUUAGAGGCUUUCUUUGCUUUUCCCUAAAGCACAUUUACAGAGAAAGCAAUAUGGUAGCAGACUGCCUUGCCAAGGAGAGCAUCAACCAUGACUAUGGGAUAAUUGAGUUUGAUGGUCCUCCCAUUCAUGCAUCUUCUGCUUAUAUUGAUGAUCUUGUUGGUGUGACCCGGCAAAGAAGAAUCCCUAUUAGGCCUAAUGAUAGGCCAAGCUAG